GUUAACGCCUUCCGUUAAGAAACAAAUUUGUGGUACACAAGCAAAUCAUCCAUUCCAACGGAUGCCGUUGCAAUAUAAAUGGACAAUGUCUCCCCCAAAUUUAGAUUUCUUCCCAUCUUUUCCUCUUUCCACCUUUUCAAACCGACGCUGGCCGUCAACAGAUUAAGAAGUACGGCUUGAAGCUGUUCAUUCUUUACUGCAAUUCAAGACAUUCGUUUGCAACACUUAUUGCGCUGGUCGCAUAGACAAUACAUGUACUACUAAGAAAUUCCUUUCACCAUGAAGCUCGAACAAUUUCUUCUGAUCUUUUUGAUCUGUAUAGGAUGUCUUAUUGGUUGUAAUGCACUUCCAUUGUAUACAAGGCAACUCUCACAACAAGAACAGCAACCAAGAAUUGAUUUCAGAUCGAGUAGCAAGAAGAGCUUACAAUCUGGUAUCAAACAUACUUCUCAAUCCGAAUCUAGAAGUGGCUUAGAAGCAAGGCAGAUCCUGGAAGCUAGGAUCACAAAGGAGAGGAGAGAGUACAACCGCAUUCCUCCAAGAUUUAUCAAACGUGACGACAAAUCUCAAUCAUCACCAGCAGCUUCAAAACCUUCUGAUGCACAGAAAUCACCUUCUUCGGGUGAUGAGGGAGAUAAGAAGUCACCCUCUGACGCACAAAAAUCAUCUCCUUCACCUUCACCUGCAGCUGAUGACAAGUCCAAACAAUCGUCUCCUUCUCCCGCUCAAGGUGGCGUUCAGAAGCCAAAACAAACUCCAACCCCUUCUACUGAUCAGCAUAAGGAUGGUCAAGGUUCACAGCCUUCCUCGCAACAACAAAACAAACCUUCUGGUGCACCAUCUGACGCUGAGAAGAAUAAAGAUCAAGCUGGACAAAAGGGUGAACAACAAAAGCAACAAGGUGGACAAUCUGCGAAUGGUGAUAAGCCGAAAUCAAACUCCAAUCCAUCCCCUUCGCCUUCUGCUGGUCAACAAGACAAAGGUGCUCAAGGUGAUGCGAAAGACAAAAAUGCUUCGAAACCAAGUGCAAGCCCGAGUCCAAAUGCUGAUCAAACUAAAUCUGGGGAUAAGCAAGGGCAGCAGGAUGAUAAGAGCAAACCAAGUCCGAGCCCUAGCCCUUCUCCAGAUGCUAGUCAAAACAAAGGUGAUCAAUCUCAGGCCAAAAGUCAGAACAAGACAGCACUGCCUCCUGGAUCGAAUGAUGAUGAUAAAACAAAGCAGCCUAAACCUGAUGACAAAGCAAAGCAACCUGACCAACCUAAUGAUCAGAACAAGCAGCCAGAUGGCGGAGACUCUAACGGACAAGACCAAGGACCGAAGCAAGAUCCAAAGGAUCAGCAACAACAACAACAACAACAACAACCACAAAGCACUACAAAGCAUGUAAAUGAUGAUGAUAAUAAUUCAGCACCAACUGAUAAUGGGAAUAAUAGCUAUAAUGGAAAUCACAGCGGCAAUGUUGUUGGUUCGAAGGUGACCAAUGGAGCACCGGGCCAAAAAGGUAAAGAUCCAAAUGGUGAUAAAAGUGCUCAAGGACCUCAACCUUCAGCACCAGCACCGCAAGAUAAAACCCAGCAAAAGUCAACGACAAGCAAUGUGAACAAUAAUGAUAACAAUAUGGCACCAACGGAUAAUGGAAAUGGGAGCCACAACAAUAAUCAUAGCGGCAAUGUAGUCGGAUCAACCGUGAAGAAUGGAGCGCCUCAACAAAAGGAAUCUCAACCUUCUCCUUCACCCUCGGACAAACAGGAUAAGCAGCCUGAUAAUUCCAAGAACAAAGAUCAGCCUGCACAAAAUAAAGAUCAGCAAAACGGCUCGCCCUCUAGUAGUGAAAAGCCUUCGGACAGCAAGCAAGAUAAAGGGCAAGCUUCUCCUUCUCCAUCUGGUGCGCAACCUCAACCUUCUCAGCCUCCUUCGGAUGAUAAAAGCAAGCAGGCUCCACCACCUUCUGCUUCGGGUGACAAGAGUAAACAAGAUCAAUCACCUUCACCUUCUUCGGAUCCUUCUAGUCCAGCCAAACAAUCUUCAUCUUUCACAACGACUGAUUCAAAUAAUAAUGAUAAUAAUUUGGGAGCAACGAAUAAUGGCAAUGACAGCCAUAACGGGAACCACAGCAAUAAUAACUACGGAUCAGAAACCAACAAUUAUUCAGCAGGAGGAAGCGGGGAUCAAGGCAAAAAUAAGAGUAACCAACCACCACCUGGAUCACAAUCAGGAGGAAAUCAAGAUGGCAGUAAGACGAGCAACGUGAACAACAACGACAAUAAUCAAGCAGCAACGAAUAAUGGCAAUGGCAGCCAUAAUGGGAACCACAGCAAUAACAACUACGGAUCAGAGACCAACAAUUAUUCAACAGGAGGAGGCGGAGAUAAAGGCAAGAACCAACAGAAUCAACCACCAUCCGGAACAAACUCAGGAGGAGGUCAAGAUGGCAGUAAGACGAGCAAUGUGAACAACAACGACAACAAUUCAGCAGCUACAAAUAAUGGCAAUGGAAGCCAUAAUGGAAAUCAUAGCAAUAACAACUACGGAUCAACGAAAGAUAACCAUUCCGAUCCACAACAACAGAAAGGUGCAAAGCAAAAUAAUGACCAACAACAGCCGUCAAAGGGUAAAGGGGAUGGUCAAGGACAGCCUCAGCCUCCUGCUGGUCAGAGUCAAGGUCAAGGAUCCUCACAAGGUCAGCCACCGCCAGCACAACCGGAUAAGGGCCAGGGUGAUCAAGGUCAAUCUGGAGAUCAAUCUUCGAGCAAAUCGAGCAAUGUCAAUAAUAAUGACAAUAACUCAGCACCGACAAAUAAUGAUAAUGGGAGCCAUAAUGGAAACAACAGCAACAACAAUUAUGGAUCAAUAACAAAUAAUUAUAAGAAUGCAAAAGAUGGUACGAUGGUCUUUAAUCAAGAUGGUGGCAGUGAUGAUGGUAACGGCGGCGGUCAAUCAGGUGGACAACAGCAAGGUCAUGGUCAGAACCAAGGGCAAGGACAAGACCAAAGCCAGAACCAGAACCAGGGUCAAAGUCAAAGCAAGGGGCAUGGUCAAGGACAAGGCAGCAAGCCAUCAAAUCAAGGACAAGUUCAAAGCGGUGGUGGUAAUGGCGGAAGUGCUUGCAAAAGGUCAGUACGCCAAGAAGCUGAAAUGAUACUACAUCGCCGUAAAAGUGGAAAGCCGGAUGCAGUAGAAUACGGUCAUGAUUCUAAUGGAGAUCCAACCAUUUACUAUUACUACGUUACAAACGCUCCUGGAGGAUCAGUAGAUUUCAAUGGAGGCAGCCAAGGUGGUGGCAGUAACCAGUACUGUCGUCGAUCUGAUGAGACAUCAUUGAGAGAUCUUGGAGUAGCAAUGCGAGAAUUUAAGAAACGUUCUUUUGAUUCCCCUGCACAAGCGUCACAACAUUUAGAUUCUUUGCGUAGAAGAGCGAUUGACUUGGAUGUUUUGUAGGCUUUUUGUUUAUAUAUGUUUGAAAUGGUAUUCACUUAGUGUCCAUUGACCGGUCGGUGCAUUAUCGGUGGCCGGUGAUCUCCACUUGUCCGAAUGACAGAUUUCCGUUGUGUGCUC